CCUGAAUUACUGACUGUGUGCCUUCAGGCUUCUGUACCCACUUCCUGAUGGUAACAAUGAGAGGAGGCCAUGUCCUGGAUGGUGGGGGUCCUUAAUAAAGGACACUGCUUUUCUGAGGCACCACUCCUUGAAGACGUCCAAGAUACUACGGCUAGUGCCCAUGAUGGAGCUGACUAAUUUUCUGACUUUCGGAAGCUUCUUUUGAUCUUGUACAGUAGCCACCUGACCCCAUUACCAGACAGUGAUGCAGCCUGUCAAAAUUCUUUCUACAGUACCUAAGAAAGGGAUUCAUACCCAGAAUGUGAUCUCAGGUGAGAUAGGGUUUGUGAACACCUAGGUGCUGUUGUGCUUUGAGUUGAUUCUUUGCAGCAAUCUAAAUUACUGAAUGUUUACUGGGUUUUUAUUUUGAAUAUUCCCUGCAAUAUGAAACCUGCUUUCCUGAAACAUUAGCACUCCUGUUUGAAACUAGCUGACGGGAUUGUUCUCUCCAGAGCCUUAUCCUUCUCCAUGGAAACUCCAUGUCUGUUUACAAGUUUGCCUUUCAGCAUGGCUCCGUCUUUACAGCUUGAAGUAAUUGGCUGCCUCAUACAUCCAGAUUUUUGCCAAGUAAAGUGUACAGCAGAGGAGCUGAGGCUGACAUUUCCUUUACGUUUGGCUGAGCCAGUGAUACGGCCACUUUUAGAAUUUGCAUGGGACACCUACCUGGCUGAGAUGAAGCAGCAGAGAGGAAGUGAUAUCUGGGGCUUCAAUUCUUGCGUCAUGUGCUUUCUCAAUGGUCAGCUCCUUGGUGAUGAGAAAGAUUUCCUGGAGUGGGUAACUGCUGAGUUCAGCUACAUAGAUUACAGACCUAAACCACUAUAUGAAGCAAUAGCCAGUGAUUUUUAUUCAAGAUACUUGAAGGACACCAAGCACACAUUUGUUUACAUGGAGAUUUCUAUUGAUCAGCAACCUGUAGGGCGAUUACUCUUUGAGCUUUUUACAGAUAUUUGUCCAAAAACGUGCAAGAACUUUGCGGGCUUGUGCACAGCAGAGGCAAGCUCUUCGCCUACAGACUCACAACCUUGUUAUAAAGGAACAAUAUUUCACAGACUGGUGAAGAAUGGUUGGAUUCAAGGGGGAGAUGUUCCAUCAAAUAGAGGAGACGGUGGAGUGUCUAUUUAUGGGAAAACGUUUAACGAUGAAAACUUCGCUAUCUCACACUGCAAAAGGGGAAUCCUAGGAAUGGCUAACAAGGGGCCACAUACUAAUGGAAGUCAGUUCUACAUCACACUUCAACCAGCGCUUUGGAUGAAUACCAGAUUUGUAGCUUUUGGACACCUGAUAGCAGGUACGGAAGUUCUUAAUAAACUGGAAGUGGUUCCCACAUAUAAUGAGAGACCAACCGUGGAAUGUAAAAUUACAAAUUGUGGUUACUAUUCUCCAUAAGUAUUAUUGCUCUUUUAUUUUCCCUAAUAUUACUAUCCAUUCAGGCUUCCUCACAAUAAAA